AUGACUUCACCGGGGAAAACCCCGCGGCCCCGCCAUGCGGCGGUGCUCUACUCCGUCUCGUCCCCCAUCCUAUCCAACCAAAUCCGGGACAAACUCUGCUCCACCACCUCCCACUCCCCACUUCGCCUCGCUCUCUGCUCCGCUGUCCACGCGCGCGCGCGCACUCCUAUCCUUGUCGCUCUCCAUGUUGGCCCCUUCCACCGCCACCGCCACCGCCACCGCCACCUGCCUCCUCCUGCCGCGGUCGGCCGCCGCCAGCCGGGGCCUACCCUUGCACUCCCUCCUCCUCUCACGCCGUCGCCCCCGCCACCGCUGCGCCGUCGACGCCAGCAGCGCCGCCGCUUCCGGCGGCGGCGGCGCUGCCAAGGAGCCGCCCAGGACGCUGUUCCCUGGCGGGUUCAAGCGGCCGGAGAUCCAGGUACCGGCGCUCGUCCUCCGUGUUGGCGUCGACGAGGCUCUCGGCUCUGGUGACGCGGUGUCCGCCGCCCUGGCGCGGGGCGUGGGGAUCGUCGUGCUCGAGGCCGGGGAGGAGGGCGGCGGGCGCGCGUACGAGGCCGCGCGCGCGCUCAAGGCGGCGGUAGGGGACCGCGCUUACCUGCUCAUCGCGGAGCGAGUCGACGUCGCCUCCGCGGUCGGGGCGAGCGGCGUCGUGCUAGCCGACGAUGGUAUUCCUGCUAUUGUUGCAAGGAGUAUGAUGAUGAAAUCCAACUCUGACUCCAUAUAUCUCCCGCUUGUCGCUAGAACUAUACGGUCCUCGGACUCUGCCAGAAGCGCUACUAGUUCUGAGGGGGCUGAUUUCCUUAUCGUAAAUACCGGGACGGGUGACUUCUCGAGUGUUUUGAAUGGUGCUGGUGCUCAGCAUGUGAAGAUUCCAGUUUUCUUCACUUUAAAUGAUUUGCAAAGCGAAGGGUCUUAUUCUGAUACCACAUCCAAGCUGUUCCAGUCUGGUGCAUCUGGAAUUGUUUUGUCUUUGACUGGCAUCCAACAUCUUACUGACAAUAUCAUAGAAAGGGAUUUUUUAAAAGUGGAUAGCACCGGUACAGUACCACAAGCCACUUCCUCUUCUGCUAGCGCGUUGGAAGAAACAAAUAAUGUAAUGGUCCUAACUCGUGAGAAGACAAAAGUUGCUGGAUUUACAAAACUGGAUGAAAAAGUGAUGCAGCUAAUAGCGAUGGAAAAGCCUAUUCUUAGUGAAGCUGUUGAUGUUAUCCGCAAGGCAGCACCAAUGAUGGAAGAGGCUGAACUUCUGGUUGAUGCUGCUUCUCGCCUGAGUGAGCCAUUUUUGUUGGUUAUUGUGGGUGAAUUUAACUCGGGAAAAUCAACCUUUAUAAAUGCUCUACUUGGAAGGAAGUAUCUUCAGGAAGGAGUUGUACCCACGACAAAUGAGAUCACACUGCUCUCAUAUUCAGAGGUUGAUUCUGAAAGCAUGGAACGAUGUGAGCGGCACCCGGAUGGUCAAUUCACAUGCUAUUUAUCGGCUCCAAUUUUAAAAGAGAUGAACCUAGUUGAUACACCUGGAACAAAUGUCAUUCUCCAGAGGCAGCAGCGACUCACUGAAGAAUAUGUGCCACGAGCUGACUUGAUACUCUUUGUACUGUCAUCAGAUAGACCAUUGACUGAGAGUGAGGUCGGAUUUCUCCAGUAUGUCCAGCAGUGGAAGAAGAAAGUAGUAUUUGUUCUAAACAAAUUGGACCUCUAUCGGAACAGUGAUGAGCUUGAAGAGGCCACUGCCUUUAUCAAGGAAAACGCAAGGAAAUUACUCAACACUGAGGAUGUAACACUGUUUCCUGUAUCUUCACGCUCUGCUCUGGAAGUCAAACUUUCAUAUUCAAAGAAAAAUGAUAGGGAGCACCAUGGGGAAGUUUUGUUAAGUGAUCCUAGAUGGAGAAGCAGCAAGUUUUAUGAUCUUGAGCAUUACCUACUGAGCUUUUUAGAUGGUUCAACAGAUAAUGGAAAGGAAAGGGUCCGACUGAAACUUGAAACACCAAUUGGUAUUGCAGAUCGUUUGCUAACUUCAUGUCAAAGACUUGUGAAACUAGAACAUGAAAAGGCUAUUGAUGACUUGACAUCCAUCAGGGAUCUUGUUUCUGGUGCAAACAACUAUGCUUUGAAAAUUGAGGCUGAUAGCAAUUCCUGGCAGAAGCAGAUUUCGUCUCUUAUUGAGAGAGCAAAAAGUCGAGCUAUAACGCUCAUGGAAUCUACACUUCAGUUGUCAAACAUUGACCUUAUUUUUACAUACAUGCUCACAGGAGAAAAAGGGCCUUCCGCCAAAGCCACAUCGUUUGUUCAAAAUGAUAUUCUGAGUCCUGCCCUUGACGAUGCAGCUGAUUUAUUGGGUGAAUAUUCAAAAUGGUUGAGUUCUAGCAAUACCCGUGAAGCAAAUUUAUAUCUGGAGUGUUUCCAUGAAAGAUGGAAUUCAUUGGUUAGUCAGGAAGAAAGUGUCUCAUCAGAUCGAACUGAGCUUGUUAAUGAAGGAGAGAAACUCAGCAUAAAAGUGCUGGAUGGCUUCAGUGCUACUGCUGCUGCUAAGGUUUUUGAAGAAGAAAUUCGUGAAGUGGCUACGGGAACUUUUGGAGGGCUUGGGGUUGCGGGAUUGUCAGCCUCUCUUUUGACUUCUGUUCUAACAACUACACUCGAAGAUCUACUUGCUCUUGCUCUUUGCUCAGCUGGCGGGUUUUUUGCAAUAUCGAAUUUCCCUGGUCGACGGAAGCUUGCGGUAGAGAAGGUCAGCAAGGCUGCCGAUGAACUAUCUCGUAAAGUUGAUGAAGCUAUUCAGAAGGAUAUAUCUCAGAGUGGUAGUAAGCUAGUCCAGUUCGUAGACACUGCCAGCAAACCGUACCAGGAAGCAUGCCAGCGAAAAAUUGACUGGCUGCAGGGUGUUCAGGGUGAGUUGUCCGCCGUUGAGCGUAAGCUCCAAACUCUGAAAAUCGACAUCCAAAAUCUGCACGGAUCGUGACGGUACUUGCCUUUGUUGACGUUUUCUUCAUUCGUUUGCACGUCCACACCGCUCAUCAAAUUUUGUUUGGUCCUGUACCGUGAUGAUGCCGGUGUAGAGCAGUUCCUGUAUGAUGAUAGGUAUGUCUGUAAUAUAUAUGUAUGUUGUACGUUCCAACCAAAUGCCAUGAAUCAUGUCUCGAGGUAGUUGCCCCUAGGGCCAGCACAGAAAGCUUUGCAAACUGUAAGGGACCUACAUCAGUACUCCGACUGUCCUAUAUGGUAGUGUUGGAAAUCAAUGUGUUAAUAUUGAUUGCUGGUUCAUACA